GUCAUUGGCAUCGCUGGGACUCGAGAUGGUUCGGAAUUCCAAUUAGGGCAACGGAGGCGGUGGUGAAGUCAUUGUUCACCUCUUUCUUCUUCUGCUGCUGCUGCUGAUGAUUUUUAUUUUAUUAAUUUAUUUUAUUCUAUUUGGCUUUCUGAUUUGAUGGCUUUUUAUUUUUAUUUUGUUUCCCACUCUUCUUCCAUCCUCCCCUUCCAGAUCAUACACACUAGUGAUCCUUGGAUUUGACUUUUCUUGACUCUCCCCAUCAGUCUCACUAACGCCAUUCAUAUCCAUUCCUUCUGGUUGACCGGGACCAUUUUGGUUGUCUUUUGAUGUCUCCAGCGGAGUCACGAUUUCCACUUCGUCCAUCGUUCCGUUUCCUUUCUUUCCGUGUGUCCAUCCUUCUCGAAGACGCUUGUUUCAACUCCCUCCCCCCUUUUUUCCUUCGGCAUUAUAUAUAAUCAACCUAUUUUUUUUUAACUUAAUCCCUAAUACUAUCCGUCCGCCCUCUCAGUGAACAUCCUCCUCGCCUGGAUGAUGAGAGUGACCAGAGUCUCCAUCCUGCGGUGCGGACGAGCUCUGAGUUGAUCAGACCAUUUCUCUUCAUGCCGAUCUCGUCAACAUCAAUCCGAUUGAAUGCUUGGAUGCAACUCACCUGGUCUCGGUCACUAUGGCAAACUCAUUUCCGCCAUCUCAGACACCCUUAAACAGCUUUCUCUUGCAUCCGUCACAGCGCCUAAACGAGCCGUCGGCGCUCUCCGCCUACUCCAUCCUGGGUCCCGCACAAUAUCCGGAGAGUGUCGCUCUGUGGCAUAACCCUCCUACCCAACCCCCCUCGCAGUCGGGCUUGUCAGUAUCUGCCCCGCCUGCGUCAUUUGCUCCUGUUCCGAAGUCACAGUCGCUGCUGCAGCCCAUCCCAGACCAGAAAAAGCACAAGCGCACCAGAAGUGGCUGUUUCACAUGCCGAGCCCGUCGGAUCAAAUGUGAUGAGACCCGUCCCGUCUGCGAUAGAUGCCGGAAGGGGAACCGCGACUGUGUCUAUCCCACUCCGGGCACGAGCGGCUCUAUGGCCUCGGCCGGUUCCCGUUCCGGAGCUAAGGCCAAGGCACCUCGGCCCCAAUCGCGCGGGAGUGAUUCGUCUAGCCAUGUGGAAGCAGACGACAUUCACAUCCUGGAACCCAUCGCAGAUGAGGACGAGGAAGAAGAAGGAAGUGUGGGGUCCAGUUCACGUUUAUCGCCCUGCACGGGCCCGAGUGGGACAAGAACCAAGCUCGACCUGCGCAACAAACGCAGCGCACAAUCUUUAGCCAGACGCAAAGCGAAGCAACAGUCACUCGUAAUCCAAGCUGCCUCUGAAACUUCGGGAUCUUAUAGGGAGCCUAGUAGUUCACCGUCGACCGAGGCGUCCUUGAGGCUCGAUUCGGCAAGUGUGCGGUCGGUCAGCGUCGGCUUGAACCCUUAUGAAUCCUUCGCAGUUCCCAACGCCGCCCAUCUACCGGAAGAGGUGCGCUUCUAUCUCGCGUUCCAUCAAGGGUAUAUGACCCCACGUCAUUAUUUCAUGAGGAGUGGCAGCCACCGGUUCGUUCAUCAGAGUCUCAUCGAAUUAGCUCUGCAAUAUGACCCCCUUCUCUAUGCCGUGGUCGGCUUCGCUGCGUACCAUCAUUGCGUUCAAACCGGAAACGGGAAACUGUAUACAUUUCUCAAAUAUUACAAUAUGGCAUUGAAGAUGUUACGGAAAUCGUUGGGGUCAAGCGAAGAGCAUUCGGAGGCGACACUGAUCACCGUUUUGGUUCUCGCCACUUUUGAAGAAUUCAUCGGUGACUGGGUAAACCUGAUCGACCACCAUCAAGCCGCUCAUGCACUGAUGCGCGAGCUCUUAAGCCCCGAAUCCAUCGCCACAAACGAGCUCCAUGGUCAUAUAUUCCCUUGGUACGCUCGAUUUGACGUGGUAGCGGGGAUAUUGGCCGGAAAUGAAAUGGUCCUGGGCCGGGAAUGGUACAUCGCGAAAGAAGACUACGAUGCUCAACAGGCCGCCAUAUAUCCAAAGGACGCGGACAAGCAGCUCAACUUAGCUGCAUCGAUUAAUCGUCGAUCCGGGCUGGAAAUGGCGUCGUUGUAUGCCAAACUGUCACGCGGGAUGAUUCCAAUUGACGAGUUUAUCUUGCAAAACGACCAGCUCGGUCAGCUCAUCGAAAAAGUACGGGAAAUCCUGGAGAAAUUCCACAGUUCGGAGUACACUGUCUGGCAGUAUCCAGACAGACAACCUUUGACGGAAGAUGACAUUGUUGACCCCUAUAUCCCUGGUGGCAUGCAUCGGGGCCCACUGUGGGAUGUGAAUGUAGCAUGGAUUGACUACUAUGCCACCAAAGCGAUGUACAAGUAUCAAUCACUACUCUCUGUGAGACAGUCCUCACCGUCAGAGUUGCAACACCUGGCGCUAGAGCAAUGUCGACUGAUCGAGGCCAUUGAGCGGUGGCCGGAGAAGGAAAAUGGAUAUCUGUUUACAUAUAAGAACAGUAUUGGAAUGGCAUGCUUGUUUGCCCCUAAGGACAGUAAACAUGCCAUGUGGGGCCGAAAAAGGUUGGCGCUGUUGGAGCGUAACGGGUAUCUAUUGGCCCCGAAGUUCCGGCAGCUAUUGGCCACUGUGUGGCAGUCGCCAGAGAUCAACCACUGGUGGCUCCCUAACGACGAAGGGUAUCCGGAUAUCAUCCGAGAGGUGCGGUCUAUGACGGAGGAACGUUCUAAUACCCCGCGUGAUAAUUUCCGCGAGAGUGUUCGUAAUAUGAGGUCAUUGUUCUGGAAUAUCAGCUUGGAUGACUCCUCGAGCUCUAAUGAUUCGUCCCCGUUGGGACAAGACCGAUGAACAGGGUUGCGCACCUGAAGCUUCUGCAUUACAAUAACACUUUCGAAUGCUCUGAGCUCACUCUCGAGUCCGCUGUGAAUUGUGGCUCCUCAGUCUUGAAGACCAGCAGAAGGCUCUGUAGAGCACACUCAUCAACCCUCACGACCACAAUUGAUACUUCGCCAUGUCCGACUAUAAUCCAACAUUUUCUGGACAUUUUCUCUUGGCUUCCAGGGACUGGAGGCUUCCAUACUUGGGAGGAUGAACUCCAUCCCAGCGAAACACCCCCUUGAACUGAUGACCGGAUGAGACGUCUUUUCCUUAGCCUCUUCACUUAUUUUGCUUUUUUAAUCCAUAUACCCACUGAGCGACAUCUUAUAUUCGUGCAUGACAUGCAUUUCAGUAUUAUUUUUUUGUUCGAUCCUGGAGAUGAUCGGAACAAAGCAAAGGAAGGUCCUUUAAAAGUAAUAUUAUAAUAGUGGACACCGCGCUAUUGGCAGCUAGGAUACCGGGGCAAUCGCUUAUUUAUGGAUUUCAUAUCAGUUACUCGCAUUUGCAUACAGAUAUACAUGAGAUCAUAUAUAUACCCAAUGGAAGCAUGAGUUUG